ACCCAUCCUGAGGUAGGCAUAAUUGAGCAGGAGUUCGAAACGGUCUCCGAAGAAGUGCGCAUCUCUGACGUGUCUGGUGAAGGCCUGCCGGUUGGGUCAUCUCGUCCGCGAAGGUCUUACGUCUCAUCUUCUCCGCCUUGUUCGCCCAGCUCACCCAGUGCCUUUUCUCUAAAUCCCUUUUUCGCCUACUCCAACCUCGCCCCCACCUGCCUCACUGCAUCCUCGUUCGCCAGCCCCCCCUCAUCUUUGACCACCGCCCAGACAACAGGGCUUCUGGGACCCUGGAGUUUAUUUGGCCAGGCAGCCAGCAUCCCCACUUUGCCGAUGGAGACAGCCGAUGCCGGCUCCAGAGCAGCGCCCACUUUUCCUGGCCAGACGGCAAUCGCCGUGAAUGCUGCAGACAUACUCGUUCUGCUGCAAUCGCUUGUGGGGGGAGUUUCACCCUUCCUUCUGCCUCCACAAUCAGGUCUGUUGGCCAGAUCAACUUUGGCUGUUGUUAUUUAG